AUGAAGCAAAAUCCAUUUGUGUCUUCUUCGGCGAGGAAGUCUCGCAAAGCUCAUUUCAAUGCCCCUUCACACAUCAGGCGAAAAUUAAUGAGCGCACCAUUAGCCAAAGACUUACGUACAAAGCAUGGAAUUCGUUCUCUACCUGUCAGAAUUGAUGAUGAGGUGACCGUGACUCGAGGACAUUACAAGGGCAAUGCUGGACGUGUGAUGCGUGUUUAUCGUAAAAAAUUCGUGAUCCAUAUUGAUAAGAUUACACGGGAGAAGGCGAAUGGUUCAGCAGUUCAUAUUGGAGUUCAUCCAUCCAAGGUAGCUCUAACAAAGCUAAAAAUGGAUAAAGAUCGUCGAGCAAUGAUUGAAAGAAAAGCUGCUGGUCGUGCACGCAUAACAGGUUUACUGAAGGGUAAGCACACUGAAGAAAAUAUCGCUGAUGAGUAA